AUGCAACGGGGCACAGCCAUGUGGGCGUGGAGCAGGUGGAGGCUCUGGAUGGGCCCGGCCCUAUUUUUGGCCUUGUCUGUGCCGGGAGCCAAUGCAGCGUGGGGAACGACGAUCGACGUCGCAGGAAGGCAGCGCAUGCUUACACAGCGUAUGUCGAAGGAGUUUCUAUUGGUUUCACUCGGCCUUGAUCCUGAAGGGAACAAGGCACGAAUGAUGGGCAGCAUCAACUUGUUCAACGUCUCCCUGAACGCCCUCAUCAACGGCAAUCCGGAUCUGAACAUUUUCGGCGCACCUUCAGAUCUCGUUCGAACUUCAUUCCAAGGUGUGGUAGACCUUUGGGUGCCAUUUGCCCAGCUGCUCAUAUCGACCGUCGAUACUGUCCGGGACGGAUUCGGCAAUGUGGAUGCAGCCGUGUUAGAUGCUGUGGCAGCGGGAAAUGUCCCGCUACUAGUGCAGUCGAACGUGUGCGUCGGCAGGCUGGUAGAUGCUGCGAAGAGCGCAGGAGCCCAGACGAAUGGACUUGUCGUCGACACUGCCGGCCGCCAGCGAAUGCUUAUCCAGCGGAUGUGUAAGGAGUCUUUCCUUAUCGCCUCAGGCGUAAGCGUCUCCACCAAUGUCGCGCUGCUGAAGAGCAACGAGAAUCUCUUCGUCACCUCCCAUGAAGGGAUCAUCCAGGGUGCCCGCUGGGCAGGUGUGUCCACCCUCAGCAAGAUGUGCACCAUCCACCAGAUGAGAGAGGUGUCAUACAAUUUCGGUCUCUUUCGCCCGCUCAUCCAGGAAAUUCUGAAUGCACAGUCUGUCGCUGAGUCUUUACAGAUAGCUCUAAACCUGGCACCGGAAAUCGCCGAAAGGAGUGGCCCACUCUUCGGAGCAAUGGUGGCUGCGGUGUCGCUCUACGUGAACGACCCAGGGGAGUGCGAUCCCCUGGCGUCGAUGACGGAAGCAUCGUGGAGCAUUCUCUUGCUCAACAUGGGGAAUGCCAUCACUUUGGCACAGUUCGCAGUCGCCUACUUCAUGCAGAUUGCGAACGGAGUCUAUGUUCAGGGAAGCACGGUCGGAUUGAUCGUGGAGCUGGCCACGGUAUCGACGACCAUGAACAAUCUCAUCCAAGGCAACAAGGCCGAGAACAUCGAAGCGCCCCCAACACAAGAGCUGGUGGACCUCCUCCUGUCAGCGAACUCCUUGUGGGGAGAGCUCUCGGUGGAGCUGAACACGGCCGUUGGGGCAGAAAGCAUCUCCCUGGUGGUGAUGACCAAAGUGGAGCAGACAUCCGAGGCUCUUCGCACUACCCUGACGAAUGUCAAAGACACGAUGGUGAAUCUUGUCUUGACCAGCUUGCCGAACUUCAAUGGCUACGCUCUGCAGGUCGCCAACGACCAGUCGACGAUGCUUGCGAAGCUCGUCACAGUGGUUAACAUGGUGUUCGGGGGCGUCUCUCCGGACAGCAAUCGGCUGCUCUUCAAUACCACGCGGGAUGCGUUCCUGCAGGGUCACAUCGACAUUCUGCAGGGCAAGCCGUCAGUUGGAGGUGUGCUUGCUUGUUUACGCUUGCGAAGCAAGACGAGAGUCGUAAUAGGGUUGGCGAUGGCGAGGAUGAUGGUCGUGAUGGGGCGGUGCUGCCUUCGUUGGCGAUGCUGA